AUGGGUGCAGAGGCUUCCUCUCAGCCGUGGCCGAGCACACUCAAGCGUUGGUAUCGAGGCACUCUCUAUCAGGCCAUUGUCCUGGGUAUCGUCAGCUUCAGUCAACAAGGGAUAUGGACUGCUCUCGCUAGUAUGGGGGCCGGUGGACUGGCCAGUCCUUAUUUCGUCAACGCCGCCAACGUGAUCACCUACGUGAUCAUGAUCGUCUUCAGCCCUAUCUUCGCCGUGCUCGGCAACCGCUUCAGCCUCAAAUGGAUUCUCGUAUUUGGUACGGUAGGAUACCUCCCGUACUUUGGCGCAUUGUACUGCAACAGCGUGUACGGCACGCAGUGGUUCCUCCUCUUUGGGGCGGUGACGUGCGGUUUCUCAGCCGCCGCGCUCUGGACUUCGGAAGCGGCCAUCGCCGUCGCGUAUCCGGAGGACAACCGGCGGGGGCUGUACAUUAGUCUUUGGAUGGCCAUCGGGCUGUUUGGCACGGUCAUUGGCAGCUCCAUCCAGCUGGCGCUCAACAUACAUGACUCUGAGCAGGGCAGUAUUUCGACGAGCACCUACCUCGCCAUGAUUGGCCUAUCGUGCAUAGGAUUGCCUCUCGCCCUGACCAUCUCUCCUCCACACAAACUGAUCCGGACCGAUGGCACGCAGCCGACAUUUAGCUCUGGGCUCACCCGCAUACCUCUGAAGCAGGGCUUCAUCGGCCUAUGGAAGGCCCUCAAGUCUCGACAUAUCCUCCUCCUCAUGCCCAUCUUCAUCACUGUCCGCUGGAGCUACACCUACCAGGGCAACUACCUCGCCCUCUACUUCACCGUCCGUGGCCGAGCCCUCGCCGGCUUCGUCCAGACAAUCUGCGGCAUCAUCGCCACCGUCGGCUGGGGCCGCCUGCUGGACGCGCAGACCCUCUUCAAAAACAAACGGAUCUUAUGCAAUAUGGGCUGGUACAGCAUGCUGCUCGUGUUUGUCGUGCAGUGGAUCUUCAACUUCUACAUGCAAGCAGAGCUCCAGUCGAGGUCGCCCCCUCCGGUACUCGACAUAUACUCGCGGGACUACGCUAAGGCAAUCGUAGCAUAUUGUCUCUUCAGUAUCGCCGGAAACGCUUCCGUCGUCUGGACGUACUGGAUCCUGGCUCUCUACAACAGCAAUGUCGACACGCUCUCUUACACAAGCGGCAUCCUGAGAUCGGCAGAGAGUAUAGGAUUUGCUUGCGCAUACGGCAUUGGAUCUCGAGACCACGUGUCACUAAUGACGAACCUGGCCGUCUCAUUUGCCGUUUUUGUCGCAAGUGUUCCCUUCACUUGUUAUGUUGCAUGGAAGGGUGAAGCUCUGGAGCAGGAGAAGGACGCGGCUGGGGAACAAGAUUCCGUAGAUGGCACUUGGGAGACAGCUGACCAGUCUGUCAACAAGGUCUCUUAG